CCAAAAAUCGUUUGAGUGAGGACUGUACGUGCUCCCGGUGGACCUGCGUGCAGGCUCAGGUGCUCUUAUACAGGUUUAGUUAUUGGCAGCUGUUGCUGAAGAGAGGAAAGAAAGUGUGUCGGUGGUGGAAGUGGUCUGAGGCGCUUGCUUGUUGUGUAUUGUAGGGUGUCACAGGCCUGUUUUAGAAACAACUGGCCUCAUUGAAGAAAGCAGCUUUCAUCCCCUCACUGAUGGACGUCUUCGGCUUCGUGUGUGCUGUGCUGCUGUGCACGGCUGCAGUGCAAGGCAAGCCAACAUUAAGAAAAGAGAGGGUCCUUUAUCAGGACCCUGAACUGGCCAGGCAAGCCCACGAAGACAAUAAAAGCUUCCAGUACGACCAUGAGGCCUUUCUUGGCAAAGAGGAGGCCAGGACAUUUGAUCAGCUCACCCCAGAGGAGAGCAAGGACAGGCUCAGUAAAAUAGUGGACCGGAUAGACAGCGACGCAGAUGGCUACAUCACCACAGCCGAACUUAAGGCUUGGAUAAAACGUGUACAGAAGCGUUACGUAUACGAGAAUGUGGCAAAGGUUUGGACAGAUUAUGACCUCAACAAAGACAACAAGAUUUCAUGGGAUGAGUACAAGCAAGCCACAUAUGGCUACUACCUCGCCAACCCUGAGGAGUUUGAGGAUGCAACAGACCAGUUCAGCUUCAAGAAGAUGCUUCCUCGUGAUGAGAGGAGGUUUAAAACGGCUGAUCUAAACGGGGACCUGGCAGCAGACAGAGAGGAGUUCACGUCCUUCCUCCACCCUGAGGAGUUUGAACACAUGAAAGAUAUUGUGGUUCUGGAAACACUGGAGGACAUUGACAGAAACGGCGACGGACACGUGGAUGAAGAUGAAUACAUUGCCGACAUGUUUGCUCAUGAGGACGGGGGUCCAGAGCCAGACUGGGUCAAGACUGAGAGGGAGCAGUUCUCUGACUUCCGAGACUUGAACAAAGAUGGUAAGAUGGACAUGGACGAAAUCCGCCACUGGAUUAUGCCACAAGAUUAUGACCACGCCCAAGCUGAGGCCAGACACCUGGUGUAUGAGUCUGACCAGGACAAGGACCAGAUGCUGACCAAAGAGGAGAUCCUUGAAAACUGGAACAUGUUUGUGGGAAGUCAGGCCACCAACUAUGGAGAAGACCUCACCAAGAACCAUGACGAGCUUUGAGGUCUCUUUGCAGCCUCUGACCUGUGUGUGAGGAGGGUUGUUGAACAUCUUUGCCUUCAAAGACAGAAUCAUAGACUCUUGCACAUCCUCCCACCACCACAACCACCACUCCAUCCUUUCCUCAUAAGAGCGGGACAGAUGUCAGUGUGUUGGAUUGUACACUGUAGAUACCAAACAAGAGGAGGGAUAAGGGUCUGUCCCACCACUAACACUAAGGGUCCAUCUCGGUUUCAUAUUGACGGUUCUGUUUCUGACAUUCAGGAGCAAAGCCAGACCCAGUGGACCUACUUUCCAUCGAUGGUGCCUUCCAGCCGCAUCGCCGGCUUUGCUGCCUCAGAGAUCUGUGUAGAUAGUCUUUAAUAAAAUCUGUCAAAACUGAAUGGAGAGCUUUAUGUGAAUUGUCAGAUACAGGAACUGUUUUUGAUAGAAAUGUUAAUGUGAAACUACAGUGCAGAACAUUUAUUCUGAUUUUAUUUAUUUAUCAAAUAUCUUCUAAACUUUAGGUUUGAAAGGAGUACAGUGUUCAACUAGAUUUUUUUUUUUAAAACAAGACACAAAUUAUGUUUCUUUGUUUACAGUUUCUUGGCCAAAUAAUUUUAAUGUUUUUUUUUAUUAGUUAAGUGCUUUAAGAACUGUUAAUGAACUGAUGUUUAAUGGCAUGGUUUUUGCACGCGUUUGGUUUUAGUGUAGCCUGUGAAAGAUUAUUUUUCAUCAUACUUAGUUUGAAAUGUAUUUAUUGGUAUACUUAAGGCCAACAGUAUGCUCCAUGUUUAAUGUUUUUGACCUUUGCUGAUGUUAUGUUUGAGCUUUACCCUUUUACGACUGUCUAAUUUAAUUAAGGUUUGUUUAGUUCUUUUUUUGAGUAAUGGCUUGAAAACAUAAAAGGAUGACAGAAACAUCUCCUUUCCUCACCUCUCACAUGACUCCUUGCUUCCUUACAUCACUCUAAGGUCAUCUUCUAAAUUUGAUGCACCAUAUUUUUUCCCACUGUACUUGGCAUUGUAUAUAUUAGCCAGUUGUUUGUGAACAUCAGAAAUCCCUCUUUUGUCUUUUUAUCAUGUUGUAUUGUUUAAUGGAUAAGGUGUAUGUGGACAGGUGUAUAGAACUAUGCAACUCAUGAAAAGAACAAACUAUGACCAGAGUUUGAGGGUUAGUUUAGUCAGACAAUCUCACACAAAGUUCCUUUUUCUCCUCUUCAUCUUUUUUUGAUGUUCUUCAUUGUACCACACCUCAGUUACCUUAAUAGUCUAUCACACAUGGGUACAACUGCAUCAUCGUGUCUUCUUUACUGCCCUGCACAUGCUCAUGAAAUGUGUUAAAAUUAAAAAUUUAAAAAGGAAAAAAG